UUGUCCUCUGUCUACGUGCGAGAUCUCCCCACAGCCUCUGCAUCACACACUGCUCUCCAAUCCGGGAACUACUUCUCUCAGCAGCUCCUGCGUUAUAUAGUGCCGAACAGCACAGGAAUUGCUUCUCCCAAAAGCCCAUGCGUUGUACUGUACAGCCCGGGGACUUCAAAUUGUCCCAGCAUCCUCUGCAGUGAGCCUGUAGCUAUGGAGGCAGCUGCUAUGACUACAGGGUGAAGUGCUGCGCAUUCUGGGAGUUCCAGCAGACAGACACAGGGUAGAAAUCUGCAGAGGGAAAGGGCCUGCAGGAAUUUGGGAGCAUGACUUUGUUUGCUAGAGGGCUGAGGCUACUGGCCACCCAAGCCUGUCCGGCACUGAGCAUACAGCCCCUUUGCCUCUCUGCACCUUGUGCUGCUAUCCAGAAACUGACCCGAGUUCGAGUGGUGGAUAACAGCACCCUGGGAAGCACCCCAUAUCACCGACCCCCUAAGUGCAUUCAUGUGUACAACAAGUCUGGGGUGGGGAAAGUGGGUGACAGAAUCCUCCUGGCUAUAAAGGGACAGAAGAAGAAAGCCCUGAUCGUAGGACACAAGAUGCCAGGGGCUUCCAUGACCCCCCGCUUUGACUCCAACAACGUGGUGCUAAUAGACGACAAUGGGAAUCCUGUGGGCACCAGGAUUAAGACCCCAAUCCCUACGAGUCUUCGCAAGAACGACGGGGAGUUUUCCAAAGUGUUGGCCAUUGCGCAGAACUUUGUAUGAACCUCAUGAACUCUGCCCCUGGAGGGUAGCUGUACCCCAACAGUGCUGCUCUACUCUAAUAAAAUGUGCUUAGUUUUUCUAUUA